AUCUUGCUUACAAACUAACCUAAUCCCUUCCUAUAAAAUCCCAAGAUAGUCAAAUAUUUAUCUCUUAAAAUUUAUUUUCUUUCAAAAACUCCCUUUUCCGUUACUUGCAUUGAUCCUCAAAGAUGGGUAUUCAGUUGAUUGGACUGUCUCACGCUAAGCAAAAGCUUCAAAGAAGCUUAUCAGCGAGAAUUGCGAGCGUCCUGGCGAUGUCGGGUACCAAUAAUGUCCCAAAGGGUCAUGUGGCCGUCUACGUGGGUGAGACUUACCAAAGGAAGAGAUUUGUGAUACCUAUAUCAUAUUUAAACCAUCCAUUGUUCCAAAGUUUGCUGAACCUCGCGGAAGAAGAGUUUGGGUUCGAUCAUCCCAUGGGAGGUCUAACAAUCCCUUGCACUGAAGAUUACUUUACUGCUCUAGCCUCUAUUCUAAACGGUUCAUGAUAAGGGAGCUCACUGAUCAUCCCAAGAUUCAUUAAGAUUAUUCAUACAAAUAAAUUGUGUUUUCUUUUUCUUUUUCUUUUUCUUUGAAUGUACCCAAGGCAGUGUAGAGAAUAACUCGAGAUUGAGAUACUAAGUAGACUCUUUCAGUUUUGGAUCUAAGAAGAUCUUGAGAGUUCUUAUAACUGUUCCACUUGUAAAGUAUUCAAUUGCUCAGAAAAUUAACUUAAGUUUCUUUUCUAUGUCGAUUUGCUUACUUUUCCUUUAUGUAUAUAGAUUAGAUAUCUUAGCUUGUUUUUAUAGAAGCAAUUUUUAUGGGUGUGGUUCAUUUCUUUUGUCGCCACAGUAAUUAAUUUAAGAAAGAAUUUCGUAA